AUGGACAAUGGCAUCAACAGUGAAGGACCGGGUAACCGUCCAUGGGGCAACCUGAACGUUGCGAACGAUAAUCCAUACACCACGACGCCCGAGACUGGCGUUACGCGUACAUAUGAGUGGAAUAUCACGCGGGAAACAAUCGCACCGGAUGGAUAUGAAAAAUCCGUUAUUUUAGUCAACGAGCAAUUUCCAGGCCCUUUGAUAGAGGCCAACUGGGGUGACUGGAUCGAAGUCAAGGUCACCAACCAGAUUGAGGACGUGGGUGAAGGAACGGCCAUCCACUGGCACGGUCUUAUGCAAGAGGGCAGACCAUUCAUGGACGGUGUGCCAGGUGUUUCCCAAUGCCCGAUCGCCCCUGGCAGCAACUUCACCUACAGAUUCCAGGCCGGCCUCUACGGAACAUCAUGGUAUCACUCUCACUACUCUGCCCAAUACUCUGGUGGUCUCUUCGGUCCUAUGGUCAUUCACGGCCCUAAUUCUGUCGAUUACGAUAUUGACGUUGGCCCAAUUCUUGUUGGUGACUGGUGGCACCAUGACUACUUCGAUGUCGUCUCAAAUAUCAUGGCACCCAACUUCGCUGGUCGCUCGUUCUCCGAUAGCAACCUAAUUAACGGCAAGAACAACUUCAACUGCUCGUCGAAACCUGAGAAUGACACUACACCUUGCACCGAUAAUGCUGGCGUGGCCAAAUUCAACUUUCAGUCAGGAAAGACUCACCGUCUUCGAUUCAUAAACUCUGGAUCCCAGGGUAUUGAACGCAUCUCCAUCGACGGACACACCAUGACUGUCAUUGCCAACGACUUCGUACCAAUUCAACCCUACAACACCACAGUAGUCACUCUUGGUGUUGGCCAACGAACGGAUGUCAUCGUAACCGCCGACGCCAGUGCGAGCGACUCGUCGUACUGGCUGCGGGCCAAUCUGACGUCCUGCUCUGGUGCCCUUGCCCCCGACGCCGUUGCCGCCAUUUUCUACGAGGAUGCAGACAUCAACGCAGAGCCAACCUCGACGCCCUGGGAUGUGGCAGACCCAGGUAACUGUGCUAAUGACGCCCUCGAAGAUACUGUUCCGCUCUUUUCCAUCGAGCUUCCUGAACCCACCUGGACCCAGCACAUGGACAUCGGCACCUUCAUCAACAAGACUGGCCACUUCCUCUGGACAUUUGGCGGAGUUGCUGCGCGCGUGGACUAUAACAACCCGACCUUGCUUCAAGCCGCGCAGGGCAACUUCACAUUUGCCGAGGAGAUGAAUGUGAUCAACUUUGGCACAAACUCAUCCAUUCGACUGAUCAUCAACAACCCUACCAAGGCGCCGCACCCCAUCCACGCCCACGGCUUGAACAUGUUCAUUCUCGCCGACGGCCCCGGGAACUACAGCGACAACACGGAUUUUGUGCGCACAUCGAACCCCAUGCGCCGCGACGUGCAGAACGUCCGUCCUGAGGGCCACAUCGUUGUCCAGCUCGAAUCCAACAACACGGGCGUAUGGCCCUUCCACUGCCACAUUGCCUGGCACGCCUCGUCCGGUUUCUUCAGCCAAUUCAUGUUCAACCCCGACGGCAUCGCCGACCUCGACUUUCCCGACUCGAUCCAGGAGACCUGCAACGACUGGGGCUCCUACACGGGCUCCGAGGCGCCAAACCAGAUCGACAGCGGCCUGUAG